UGAUCUGCGGCGCGUUUGAUCUCGCCGCCGGAGCCGGUCCCGCCGCCCCUGCCGCACAAACGAGCCGCCCGCUCGCCUACUCGGUCGGGCGGCGAGCGCGGCCCUUCGCCCUCGCUCUAAAUAGAGGCUUUAUUUAGUAAACAGCGGGAGUGCUACCGUGCGCGUGGUGCUGCAGUGGUGCGCGUGCGCCCGCCAGUAUGGGGUGUGCUCCGGCCCGCUGUCUGCGCCCGCGAUGACGCGUCUCCGCGGCCCGCUCCGCCGCAUACAACACUGGAUUGUUUGGACACUCUGUGCGAUACUGUGUGGAUCAUGCGAGAGCUCGGCGCCGCCAGAUAGCCUGCGCCUCGUGUGGCUCUCUAACACUUCUCUCGCGUGCAACGAUGGAUCCCCCGCUGGGUACUACUUUCGGCGCGGCACAAACAGCGACCACUGGGUGGUGUACCUCGAAGGUGGCGGCUACUGCUGGGACACGGCGUCGUGCAACGCGCGCUGGCGCCGCCGCCCCGCCCUCAUGUCGUCCACGCGCUGGCCGAGGGCUCGCCGCGCCCCUGCGCUGCUCUCUGCCGACCCUGCCGCGAACCCCCUGUGGCACGCCUCCAACCACGUGCUUCUACCCUACUGCUCCAGUGACAUGUGGGCCGGGACCCGAAACUCUCGUCACCCCAGUGCCGGAUUUGUGUUUGCCGGCCGACUUAUCGUCCGCGCUGUCCUCUCUGAUCUGUUCCGCUAUGGACUCAAAGGACGAAUGUUGCUCGUUGGCUCCAGCGCUGGCGGCGCAGGAGUCAUGUUGCACGCGGACGCUGCGAGACGUUCGAUGCGCUCACGAGGUGUGCGUGUUGCCGCUAUCGCCGAUUCUGGUUGGUUUCUGGACCGUCCUGCACGGACACGGAGAGCUCCUGCCGCCACGGUGGCCCGACUAGGACAUACCCUUUGGCGAGGCAAACCACCGUCUUCAUGUGUCCGUGAGCACACUGCGGAGCCGUGGCUCUGCUACUUUGGCUACCGACUCUAUCCACAUAUACGCACGCCCUUAUUCAUCUUUCAGUAUUUAUUUGAUUCAGCUCAGUUAGCUGCUGAAGGCGUACGGGCUCCUCGCACUAGGUCUGAAUGGGAUGCUGUCCAUAAAACAGGUUCAGCGUUACUGUUAAGUUUGGCCCCGGUUCGAGCCGCCUUUGCGCCGGCGUGCUUAGCACACGGAGCGCUAGCGCGGCCUGAAUGGCAAGCUAUAAACGUAUCGGGCAUAACAUUACCACGCGCUAUUGCCUGCUGGGAGCAGAGGCUGGGAGGAGGCCGCAGGAGAGCCCGCGGCGGGUGUGCGCCGCGGCGGCUGGUGGAGCGGUGCACGUGGCCGCAGUGCAACGGCUCGUGUCCGCGGCUGCGCGACCCGCGCACCGGCGAGGAGGUGGCGUUGGCGUCGCUGCUGCAGAGCUUCGGCCUGGACGUGCGCGGCGCGGCGGCUGCCAUGGGGCUGGACGCGAGGGCGCUGUCCCGCAUGAGCCGAGCAGAACUCUUGCCACUAUUGGCGCCACAUAUGUGACAUAGUUUACAAUAUGGACUUUAAAUGUGCUAUCUAGCACGGUGAAUCUACCUCGUUUUUGUUGCACAAGUACAAGUAAUAUUACGUUUAGAUGUUAGAUAUUAUUUAUUGUUCGUCGAACUCUUUGUAUUUAGUAAAGGGCUGGAACUCUU